GUGCAGUUGGUCACACUCUCAACGAUCAAAAAAAAAUUUUUCCUCCAACGUUAUUUGGCUGAUAAUAAUUUCAUAAACGAUUUAUUAAUUACUAAUUCAUUUUUUGACGGAUUUUGUUCAACUAAGCAUUUUUGUACUUGUAAGUAUGUAUAUUAUUUAAUUUAAUAAUCGAUUUUGCCGAAUAUGUAUUCAUUUUAUAUAAUUUAUUGAAAAUGUAGGUGGUCUCAAUACGAUACCACUGCGAUGGAUCAAAAGAUAAACAUUGACCAGCUUUCUCAUGAUCAAUUAUUUGAACUGUUUGAAUCAAUACCAAGUGACCAAGAAUCUAUAGUUGGAGAUGAAUCUGACUUUGAAGAGGAUAUUACAGAUAUUUUAGAGGUAUUUUAUAUGUAUCUUAAAUUAUAAUUAUAUAAUGUUAAAAAAUGUAUAUAUUUUUUUUUAGGAUAAUGAUAUUCAAGUGAGCUCUUCAGGUUCCCCAUUACAUCAACCAGAGCUUUUAGAUUAUAUUUUGAUAAAUGUGCCAAAUGAUGCACAAAUUACACAACAUUCAAAUUUUUUUUUCAAAUUCAACUGAUAUUGAUGAUGAGUCAAAUGAUGUUUCUGUGCAGGGAAGUGUAGAAGAUGUACCUUUAUCAGAAAGAAUAGAAAACGUAGAAGGUAUUUGGGAAAAUCAUGGAUAUAUUGCUGAGCCUAAGAAUUUCAUUGGUAAAGGUGGGCCAAAUUUACCUAAUGACAUCGAUGACCCUAUAAGUUUUUUCCACUGCAUUUUUACUAAUGAAUCAGUUGACCAUUUAGUGUUUCAUACAAAUUAUUAUGCUCAACAAAAACAUACAACUUUUGAGCCUAUCAAUGCUGCUACUAUGAAAACAUUUUUGGGUAUUAAUAUUGCAAUGGGCAUAAAAAAUCUCCCAUCUUAUAAAGACUAUUGGUCCGCUAACAUACAACUAAGGGACAACUACAUAGCAUCUUUAAUGCCAUUAAAAAAUUUUCAAUGGUGUUUAUCAAAUUUACACAUUAAUGACAAUAAUUUGGAACCCCGUCGACAUGAACAAAAUGAUGACAAGUUAUAUAAAGUAAGGCCUUACCUUGAUCAUCUUUCCAAAACUUUUUUACAAUGUAUGAACCCAAAUGAGUUUCAAUCCAUUGAUGAAAGCAUGAUAAAGUUCAAGGGGAGCAGUACUAUGAAACAAUACAUGCCAAUGAAACCAAUAAAAAGAGGAUACAAGAUUUGGGUACGGGCUGAUCAAACUGGGUUUAUAAGUGAGUUUGAAAUAUAUACUGGGAAAACAGAUUCUGUUGAAACUUCUUUGGGAAAACGUGUAAUACUAACUCUUACCAAUAAAAUACAAGGAGAGUACCACAGAUUUUUUUUGAUAAUUUUUUCACUUCUCUUGACCUCAUGGAAGAUUUGCUUAAAAAUAAAGUUUAUGGUUAUGGUUAUGGAACUGUGAGGGGUAAUAGAAAAGGACUUCCUAUAAACCAGUUGAAUGAUAAAGAAAUGAAAAGAGGUGAUAGUGAGGGAAGAGUAUCAACCACAAAUGUGUCAUGGAUCAAAUGGAAAGAUAAUCGUCCAAUACAAUUCCUCUCAAACUAUCACGAUCCAGAUCACUUUACCAGUUGCUUGAGGAAAGCAAAAGAUGGAUCAUCAGCAAGCAUAACAUGCCCUACAAUGGUGAAGGAUUACAAUAAGAAUAUGGGAUAUGUUGAUUAUGCAGAUAUGAUGA